AUGGAUUUUAAGAAGCAAAGUAGGCGUGACAGGUUCAUACAGCUGAACAUCAAUGGUUUGAACGUACCUGAACGAAAGACCCAACUGGUACAGCUACUACAAAGGAAGCAGUAUGAUGCCGUUUUUCUCCAAGAGUCCAAGCUCGGUUCAAGGAAUAAGGACCCUAUCAUCAAUGGUUAUACUUUGAUCAGAUUAAACAGACCUAAUGCUCUCAACCAUCGAAGUGGUGGGGGUCUGGCCAUCUACAUCAAAAAUGGUAUAUCCCAUAGUGAGGUUCCUCUGAAAACCAUCGCUCCUCUGGAGGCACAGGCGGUAUCCUUUACCGACAAGUCAAAGGUUUUUUCUAUCGUUAAUAUUUAUCGACCCGAAGUCAAAGGCAAACCUCAACGAUUCAGUGAAUAUCAGUAUGUUUACGAUCAGUUGCCCGGGACCGACAAUAUUGUGCUUGGUGAUUUUAACGCCAAACACGUAUUGUGGGGCUCGCCAACAACUGACACUAAUAGUAGACAAAUUGCUGAGUUCAUUGAGGCCAAUGACCUGGUUAGCAUAAAUGAUGGUAGCAUUACUUAUGUUGGUGCAAUUGCUCCUCUUGGUUCGCAUCUCGAUCUCACAUUAGUAAGCAGUCGGUUAGCUAAAGACUGUACGUGGGAAGCAACCAGUCUUCGAGUUUUCCAACAGAUAACAGAUAAUCUAACCAAAACAAACCAAACCAACGACUACCAUUCGACUACCAAUCAACAAGAAAUACCAUGA